AUGGAUUAUGAUAAAUGGGUAUCAUUGGGAGAGAGACUUGGGUUGAAGGACGGGGAGUUGCGUGAUUAUGUUCAAAAGAAAGAAUCAGAAUAUCUUGAUAGAGAAGAGAGAAAUAUUAGACGUGAAGAAGAUAAACGGCGAUUUGAGGCCGAGCGUAAAGCAAAAGAAGAUGAACGUGAGGAAGAGCGACGGCGAUUUGAGGCCGAGCGUUUAGAAAAAGAAGCUGAGCACGGUUUCAGAAAUAAAUUUAGAGAGAGUAAGCCGGAACAAGGAGAGACUGUAAACCAAUUCAUGGCUCGCUUAGAUAGGUACUUUAGUAGAUGGACAGAAAUGGCCGACGCUGCGGAUACAGUAGAUAAAUUGAAAGAUCUUAUUAUUAGAGAGCAAUUUGUCAAAGUUUGUUCAACAGAGCUAGCUCUUUUUCUUAAGGAACGGAAGCCAAAGGAUCGUAGAGAUGUCAUAUCUUUGGCUGAACAAUACUUAGAGGCUCAUGGCGGUACAAUUACAAAUAGUAAAAGCUCAAAAGUUGCCAAUUUUUCCAAUAAAUCACCAAUACGCCUUAAUCAAGGUAAUCUAUCGAAACCAAUACAGCACUUUCACAGAGAAAAUAGAAAAGUAACAUGCUUCAUAUGUAAUAGAGAGGGGCAUGUGGCCAGAGAUUGUCGAGAUCAGACUAAGAAAAGAUAUGGGGCUGCUGCAAUGUCAUAUGGAGAGCAAAAUAGAAAUUACUUUAAAACAAAUCGGGAUUCUUCACCAAGGAACUGGCGUAGUAGGCCUGGAGAAAAUAGACGUGAUGGUAGAUCAGAUGAUAAGAAAGUAUCGGGGUUAUGUAUGUCAAUUUCUCCGACAAAAUCUUACGAUGGCUGUAUUGAAGAGGGGAAACUUAAAUUAGCAAAUGGUAAUUCUGUGCCUGUCAUUACAAGUAGCUGUACAAUUGAAUCAUUAGAAGGUGAACGUCAAUUGGAUCUGAAACUAGGAUAUGUUGGUAAUCAAGAGGUGAAAGUUCUUAGAGACACUGGUUGCGAGUUAGCAGUUGUUAGAAAGAAGUUAGUGGAAGAAGAUCAAAUGUUGAAUAAAAAUUGUGUCAUGAUAGCAAUAGAUGGUCGGGCCAGGUUGGUACCUAUGGCAAAAAUAGACAUUGAUACACCUUAUUAUAAGGGUAAAAUAGAAGCUAUGGUUUUAGAGUCAGCAAUUUGUGACUUAGUCUUGGGCAAUAUUCAGGGUGUACUUGAUAAGCCAAAUGAGAAGUGGGUUAGCCGAGAAGUAACAAGCAUAGCUGAUGUUGUUACUAGAGCACAGGCAGAAAAAGAGAAGAAAGCAAUGAAACCUCUUAAAGUUCCGAAGGUCGAAGAUAACGAAAUUACGGUAGAUGUUCUUAAGAAAGAACAAUCAAAUGACAAUACGUUACAGCGUUUGUGGCAGUAUGCUAGGGAAAAUAAGAUCAUGAAAACAAAAAGCGGUAACAAAUUUAGAUAUGAAGUAGAAAAAGAUGUGUUGUAUAGAAUAUUUGAGACGGUGAAAGGCGAUUUGAAGUCUGAAACAAGACAAAUAGUUGUUCCUAGUAAAUAUCACAAAAGAGUUAUGUCAUUAGCUCAUGAAUCUAUAGUGGGUGGGCAUUUGUCUGUACGCAAGACUUUAGACAGGAUACAGUCUAGUUUUCACUGGCCAGGUAUUUCUAGUGAUAUAACUAGAUUUUGUCGUUCCUGUGACAUUUGUCAGAAGACGGUGCCCAGGGGCAGACUUCAGAAAGCUCCUUUAGGUGAAAUGCCUAUUAUUGACACUCCGUUCCAGAGAAUUGCGGUUGAUUUGAUAGGGCCAAUAACGCCUGUAUCGGAAAAGGGAAAUAGGUACAUAUUAACUGUAGUUGAUUAUGCUACACGUUACCCAGAAGCUGUUGCUUUACCAAGAAUUGAGACUGAAAAUAUAGCUGAAGCAUUGUUAGAUAUUUUUGCAAGAGUAGGUUUCCCAUCGGAAAUACUUAGUGAUAGGGGUAGUCAGUUCACGUCACAACUUAUGGAAGAAGUUUGUAGACUUGUAUCACUGAAACAGUUGUUUACAACCCCUUACAAUCCAAAAUGUAAUGGUCUUUGUGAGAGAAUGAAUGGUAUUUUAAAAAGUAUGUUGAAGAAAAUGUGCCAAGAAAGACCUAAGGAUUGGGACAGAUAUUUGUCUGCGGUUCUCUUUGCAUACAGAGAAGUCCCUCAGUCAAGUACAGGGUUCUCACCAUUUGAGCUACUAUAUGGCAGAACUGUUAGAGGUCCCAUGCAAGCACUAAAAGAAUUAUGGACAGAGACAGAAGUGCCAGAGACACGUAAUACGUAUGAGUACGUCCUAGAUUUGAGAAAUAGAUUAGAACAAACAUGCAAGAUUGCUAGAGAGAAUCUCAGCAACUCACAAGAAGAGUAUAAACAUCAUUAUGAUAAGAAAACACGACCAAGAAGUCUAAAGAAAGGAGACAAAGUUUUAUUGCUCCUGCCUUCAACACACAAUAAACUGAUGUUACAAUGGAAAGUGGAAGUAGGUGAUAGAAUUGGGAUGUACCACAUAAAUCUUCUGAAGAAAUACGAAGAAAGAGAAGAUAGAAUUUGUGCGAGUGUAGCUGUUAUAGAAGCUGAAAAUAAUGAUGAUACUGGAGUAGUUGAUGAUGAAAAUCUUUUAGAACUAGUAGACACACAGGGUGAAGAGACGUACAGAGAUGUUAAUGUUAAUGAUCAAUUAACACUUGAACAAAAAUCAGAAGUAAAUACGUUGCUUCAAGAAUUUGAGGAUAUUUUUACUGACGUUCCUGGAACUACAGAUCUUGAAUCUCACAAGAUUGAGUUGACUGACAAAACACCAAUUCGUGUUAGACAAUAUACGAUACCAUAUGCAAAAAGGACAGCGGUAGAGGAUGAGAUAAAGAAAAUGCUUGAAUGUGGUAUCAUCGAACCAGCAAAUUCUGAUUAUAAUUCUCCAAUUGUUUUGGUGAAGAAAAAGGAUAAUACAAACCGUUUUUGUAUUGACUUUAGACGACUCAACUCUGUAACAAAGUUUGAUACAGAACCAAUGGGUAAUGUUGAGGAUGUUAUGGCGAAACUAAAAGAAGAUAAGUUCUUCACGAAAAUUGAUUUGACCAAAGGUUAUUGGCAAAUACCAAUUGAAGCAAAAUCAAGAUAUCUCACAGCAUUUUCUACAACAGAAGGUAGUUACCAAUUCAGAAAGAUGCCAUUUGGAAUGGUCAAUUCUGGUGCAACAUUUAAUAGAAUGAUGCGGAAGUUGCUUUCCGGAGUGAAUGAUACUGAUAACUAUGUUGACGAUGUGCUUGGACAUACGGUUACAUGGGAGAGACACAUGAAGAUGUUGAGACAAUUGUUCGAAAGAAUACGAAACGCAAAGAUCACAGUUAAGCCUUCUAAAUGUAUGAUUGGAUUUGAAAGUAUACCAUUUACCGGUCAUGUUGUUGGCAAAGGACAAAUGCAAAUGGAAGAUGACAAAUUAGUCAAAAUUAGAGACGCUAUGCGACCAGAGUCAAAGAAGCAACUCAGAUCAUUUCUUGGUCUAGCUGGAUACUACCGAAAAUUCAUUGCUUCAUUUGCAGAAAUUGCUUCACCAUUGACAGAUCUUACGAAGAAAGGACAGCCAAAUAAAAUCAUAUGGAAACCAGAACAUGAAAAAGCCUUUACGACAUUGAAGCAAGUACUGACACGAUCACCAAUACUACGACUUCCAGACUUUUCAAAGUCAUUUGUUUUGCAAUGUGAUGCCUCAGAUACCGGAGUUGGGGCUGCACUUCUUCAACAGUUUGAUGAUGGUUUGCUUCCAAUAGCUUACGCGAGUAAGAAAUUGUUGAAUCGAGAAAGAAACUACUCGGUUAUCGAAAGGGAAUGUCUUGCGAUGGUAUUUGGAAUAAAGAAAUUCAACAAUGUAACAGUGUCAUUUACAAAUGCGAUGGAAUUGCCACUGGAAUUUGGAGAUACCACCGUUGGCUGCAACUGA